AUCUCCAGAGUACCAUCCCGGCAUCUAUAUCACGGUAUAGUUGCCAUCAUAUAGGGCCGCUUUCAGUUUUCCAGGUAGGUAUAAACAGCGAAAAAUCCCAGGCAUGUUGACGGAUGUUCAGUUGGCAAUGGAACGCCAUCACUGCUCAACAUGAGGCUCAUCACUAUUCUCGCUGGCCUCGUCGGCUCCUCUCUCGCCGCCCCAACCAACCAACCCCACGGCGAUGCUCUCGCCACUCGCGCCCCAUGGCCCAACGGCCCCCUUGUAACCUCCGGACGCUGGAUCCGCGAUGCCUCCGGCACCAACCUGACCUAUGCCGGUGUCAACUGGCCUGGGGCAGCCGACGUCAUGAUCCCCGAGGGUCUGCAGUACCAAUCCAUCGCAACCAUCGCGUCCAAGAUCAAGAGUCUCGGCAUGAACGCCAUCCGUUUGACCUUCGCCAUCCAAAUGGUCGACGAGAUUUACUCCAACGGAGGGAAGGAUAUUACCCUACAAAAGGCCUUCACCCAGGCCCUCGGGUCGACAAACGGCCCCAAGGUGCUCAACCAGCUCCUGGCCAAGAACCCCCAGUUCACGGCGAGUACUACCAGGCUGCAGGUCUUCGAUGCGGUGGCGGCUGAGUGCGCGAAGCAGCAGAUCUUUGUCCAUCUGGAUAACCAUAUCUCCAAGGGCACGUGGUGCUGCUCGACUGACGAUGGAAACAGUUGGUGGGGAGACACGUACUUUUCGGCGGCCAACUGGACGAGAGGUCUUGCGUAUAUGGCUAGCCAUGGCAAGCAAUGGACAUCACUCAUGUCCAUCGGCCUCCGAAACGAACCGCGCGAGCCCACUUCAGGCGCGGCCAAAUCAACCUACAACUGGCAAACCUGGUAUACGUACAUGAGACAAGGCGCCGAAGCCGUGCACUCCUCGAACCCGGACCUUCUCAUCUUUUUGUCUGGCCUGUCCUUCGACACCUUCCUGACGCCCGUCGUCCGCGGCACCGCCUUGACCCCGGGAACCGGCAAGUUCAGCUUCAACGACUUCCCCGGCUAUGCCAACAAACUCGUCCUUGAACUGCACAACUACGAGAACAGCGCCACCAACUGCAACAACCUGCAGAACAACUUGUACAACAAUGGCUUUCAGGCGUUGACGAGUUCUGCAGUCAAUCAGUUCCCGGUGGUAAUGACUGAGUUUGGGUUCCAGAUGGAUGCGAGCACGUGGAAGGGAACGUAUGCUAGCUGUUUGGCAAGCUAUUUGCCCGCCCAAAAGGCUGGCUGGUUUAUCUGGGUGCUGGCGGGCUCAUAUUACAUCCGGUCUGGGACGCAGGAUCACGACGAGGGAUGGGGGCUGUUGACCCACGAUUGGAGCGCAUGGAGGAGUCCGAGUUAUGUCAACGGGGCGUUGAUUCCCAUGGUCAAGAACACCCUCAGCUAGAGGCUCAGCUAAGCAGCAAAUACAC